AUGGCUCGUGAUCACAUUUCUACUCUCAUCACCGACGUUCGAAAGGGCCAGGCACGUCUCCCACCAAUCGAUCAGCCCAGUGAAUACCUUCGUUCUCAUUGCCUGCUUUGUUUCGGAGGAAAUACUUACCACAGAUCAGAUGAUCAUUCUAUCCCAGAUGUUAUCAUUUGCAUAGAUGCUUGUUUUACCCAAAAAUGUUCAACUAAUCCUCGUGGUGCUGACAGUAUCAACCCUCCUAAUCCAACUCCAACGUUCUUUCUAUCAAACGACGAUGUCAAAGCGAUGGAGGAUUUUGUACAGAGUUGUCGUGGAGAGAGACGUCAAGCACAGGCCUCUAGAGCGGAAGGUGACGAGGAUCACUAUGAAGAAGGGAUGCGUGUGCCAGUGUCUGUGUUGAACGGAUGUGGAGAAUCCUUUGUAGCUGCAGAUGAAAAGCGUGAAAAGGCAAGUACUCGUUUUUUUACCGACACAGGCCUGAUGGCCCUGCUAUGUAGACAUGACCAUGUCCUCUGGCUUGUCAACCUCACAUAA